AUGGCGAACAGGAUUCAACUCCAGUAUGAACUCGCUCAGAUUGAGCUUGAGAAACGUCAAUUGAGGUUGGAAGAACGGCAGUUAGAACUCGAGCGCAAAGAGCUCGUGGUCAAGCAUCAGCUUGAGCAGUUGAUCACUAUCGACCUCACCGAAAAUAGCGCCCAGGUGAAGAGCGAAUCACACGAUGCCAGCACAGAGGAUCCUCAACUCACCAUCUGCAACACGUUGUCUGCGGCACCUGCAGGUGACCAUCGAGCUGAUCUCACAAUGACCAGCGCGCCGGGACAUGAAGACGAGACCAUGGUGGCAGAGAAGUCGGAUAGACCUGUGCUUGCUAGCAGGAUCCUCGCAGCUACUGCCACGGGUGAAUUGAGCAUGUUCAACCGAGAUUUCAAGUCCAAGCCCGAGAAGGAAGCGGACCAUAAGCAGCCGCGAUGUCCUUCACCAGUACCUGCUCCCAACUCUCCUUCUUCUCUUACACCAAUAUCCCAGCUCGCGGACACUUUCCAAAAGGAAGCAGGGCAUGGCCAGCAGCGAUGUCCUUCACCGGCUCCUGCUCUGACCCCUCUUUCUGCUCACACACCAAUAUCUCAGCUUGCGGACACUCCUACAGAUGACCGGAAUCUCCUAGCAAAGUUCUUGGCCAAGCCCGGUCCUAAAAUGCCGAAGCCACAGGCUGGGAUCAAGCGACGUCGUAUCGAGAGUGAUGAAGAAAAACCCACAUCCCGCGAGCCGGGUAAGAAACAGAGAAACAAGAAGGUCAUCUCCGAGAGUGAUGAUGAAACCUCCACAUCCCGCGGAUCGGCUUACGGACUGGGAAAGACGAAGACCAAACUCGAACGCACUUGCAAGAGAUCAAUUACGCGGGGAUCGAGAGCCCAAGUGGUUAAGGAGCAAGACUCGCGCGCGAAUAGUCGACUGACUGAAACCGAGCAACGCGACCUCAUCUCCAGCUACACAAACCUCUUCCUCAGGCACAUGCAGACCAUUGAACAAGGGCUGAGAUCCAAAGACGGAAAGGGGAAGCCUGAGAUCUCCUCCAGGAUGCACAAACUUAACGUUGGGAGAACACAUACGAGUGUUACACUCUUACACCGAGAGUUCGAAAGAGUGGUCAACGAUCAUGCCAAAUCCCAUUCAAGACGAAGCAGUUUGCAGGCGGAACUGAAGAAGUUUGAAAAUGCUUUACCGUACUGGUCUCCGAAGUGCAAGGCCCUGCCAAAACAGAAGGAGAGACAGGCGAUGGUGCAAGAGGUGGUUGACGCUAUUGGAAAGGGUCUUUUCGACUCUGAAAAAUACAAGGACUGUUAUGAUCCAUACGAUGAGCUCUGA